AUGACGCAUCUCUUACCUGUCCCUCUCGUCUUCCGGACAGCCGUGUGGACCAAUCAGAGGCCUCGCUGCGCCUGCUCUGGCCCCGCCCCCUCCCCCGGACAGCCGUGUGGACCAAUCAGAGGCCUCGCUGCGCCUGCCCUGGCCCCGCCCCCUCCCCCUGUCCCAUAUGAGGCGGUCCCUCUGCUUCCGGCCGCAGAGAAGCACGCACCUAGGCUGACUCUCUGCGGGCAUCGGGCUCUCCUAAGGCGGACUGGACGCGGCGGACUCCCCGAGAGAAUGGAACUGAGCAACGUGAAGGAGUCUGUGUUUCUCGCUUACGAUGGUUUUCUCGCAAACUCAGACUCCCGGACGGUGGACUGGCUCUUCAUGUCCUCCCCGUUCCCUCAGGGCCUCAUCAUCGUGGGGUACAUUCUGUUCGUGACGGUCCUCGGGCCUCGGCUCAUGGAGAACAGGAAGGCCUUCGACCUCAAGAACAUCCUCAUCCUCUACAACUUCAGUGUGGUGGCCCUGUCGCUGUACCUGUGCUACGAGUUUGUCAUGUCCGGAUGGGGGACCGGAUACUCGUUCCACUGUGACCUGGUGGACUAUGAAACUCCACAGGGAUACAGGAUGGCGGCGACGUGUUGGCUUUACUACUUCUCAAAGUUCAUCGAGAUGUUGGACACGAUCUUCUUCGUGCUGAGGAAGAAGGGCAGUCAGGUGACCUUCCUCCAUGUGUUCCAUCACUCCAUCAUGCCCUUCACCUGGUGGUUCGGCGUCCGCUUCUCUCCAGGAGGCAUGGGGACCUUCCACGCUCUGCUGAACAGUGUGGUCCAUGUCAUCAUGUACACGUACUAUGGUCUGAGCGCCAUGGGGCCCCAGUACCAGAAGUACCUGUGGUGGAAGAAGCACCUGACGGCCAUCCAACUGAUCCAGUUCGUCAUGGUAACCACCCACAUCUGUCAGUACUUCUUCAUGGACUGCCCGUACCAGUUCCCAAUCUUCAUGUACAUCAUCAGCUCCUACGGCAUAAUCUUCCUCUUCCUCUUCCUCAACUUCUACUACCACGCCUACACCAAGGGCAAGCGGCUGCCCAAGGUCCUGCAGGCCUGCACCUGGGCUCACCACACCAACGGCGUCAUCAGCGGCGCCAACAACGCCAUGAUGCGGGCCAACGAGGGCGCCGAGACUGACGGCGAGACGGCCAACGGACACUCCAACGGUCACUGCAAACGGGACUGA